AUGAACGUGGCAGCUUCCACAAGUGAUAAGCAUCACACUUAUACUGGUGCGGAACCACGCCUGAAGCAUGGCCUCGCCAUGCAAGUGUUUCGCUCUCUCUUGCUCGCAACAUGGUUCAACUGCUGUUGCGUCGCUAUUUUAGCGACCCAGGUCAUCGGCUCUCCGCUCUAUCUAAUCAGCAAAGAUCACUACUAUGCAUAUAUGGCAUACACUAAGCAAUCAUUCGGGCUGGUAAUUACAGCUCUCACGCAGUGGGGCUGUCCAACAGUUGUGCGCGUCAGCGGAGACAAGAGUGUGCGGGAUCAGAUUCACCUGGCGGAGGAUGGACGGCUAAAGACAGAUUUCCCGGAGCGACUGGUGAUGAUCGCAAAUCACCAGGUCUAUACAGACUGGAUCUAUCUGUGGUGGGUCGCAUACACAAACCAGAUGCACGGCCGCAUUUUCAUCAUCCUAAAAGAAUCCCUCAAAUAUAUUCCCAUCAUCGGCCAAGGUAUGACCUUCUACGGCUUCAUCUUCAUGGCUCGGAAGUGGCUCUCGGACAAGCCGCGGCUCCAACACCGGCUGGAGAAAUUGAAGACGCAGCACUCAGGGUCCCUGUCGAGUUCCCCACAGUACGAUCCUAUGUGGCUGCUGAUCUUCCCCGAGGGAACGAAUCUUUCAGUCAACACCAAGCGGCGGAGUGCGGAAUAUGCGGCUAAACAAGGGAUUCCAUCUUUGAAACAUGAAAUCAUUCCCCGAUCGACUGGUCUUCUCUUUUGCUUGCAGCAACUGCGAGGGACCGUGGAGUGGGUUUAUGACUGCACUGUGGCCUACGAAGGGCCUCCAAAGGGCAGCCUACCAGACAAGUACUUCACACUCCGCUCAACUUACCUACAAGGUCGACCGCCGACCUCUGUCAAUAUGUAUUGGAGACGCUUUGCAGUGGCAGACAUUCCGCUCGAUGAUCAACACGAUUUUGAUGCCUGGCUCCGAGUUCGCUGGGCCGAGAAAGACCAGCUUUUGGAUGAGUGCUUCGAAACAGGUCGAUUCCCGACCGACUUGGGAGGCUCUAUCGUCGUUGGUUCUGGGUCGCCAGAGCAGGCGUACGCGGCGGCGAAUGGAUAUGCUGAAACCCAGGUUCGACUGGGUCACUGGGCUGAAUUGGGCCGGAUAUUCAUGGUUUUGGUGGGCACCGCCUUGCUGUGCAAGCUGCCCAAGCUAUUUGGAAUAUAUUGA